AGCCCCCCACGGAGGAUGACGUUUACUGUCGCUGCCUGUCGCGCACGCUGUGCCACACGGCCACUCCUGUCACCGUCGGCUUCUACGCGCCCUGCGGCCACCGCCUGGAGACGCUGCUGGCCAAGGUCACCGCCUUCAUGCGGGAGGAGAUGGCGCGGCGCGAAGCCGCCGAGCUGCAGCGGGGCCGCCGGAAGCCGCGCAGCCCCCACGGCUGGGGCCUGCUGCUGGCCCUGUGGCUCCUGGCCUUCUACGAGCCCGUGGUCACCGAGGGCCACCUGCGCCGCAAGAACCUCGAGUUCAUCUUCAUCCGCUUCAGCGCCUGGGAGUUCGCCGGCUGCGACAAGCUGUGGGCAGGGCUGGUGACCACGCUGUGCCACCGCGUGCGCCAGCACUUCGGGGCGCUGCCCCUCAGCGUCUUCCACGUGCUGGGCUCGCGGCCGCGCUUCGCCUCCGGCCCGUCCCGCCGGGAGUGGAUCCUGAAGCGGGGAACCUGCCUGCGGCUGUGGGGGCUGCUGCUGGUGCUGGCCGUGGGCAUCGCCAUCCUGCUGGUGGCUCUGCUGGUGCCGGGGAUCAAGGACCACCACGCGCUGAAGGUGGUCCGCCGGAUCGUCAACACCAUCCCCAUCACGCUGCGGCUGCUGCUGCACCGCCACGGCGCCGCCGGGACGCUGUCGCCGCGCGCGGCCGCCGCAUGGGUGGUGCUGGCCGACCGCUGGCCCUGCCGCCUCAGCUGGACCCUGCAGUGCCUGGAGGAUUCCGGCCAGGGCGCGGCCGCGCCGGGUUCGGCGGGGAGAUCCCUCUGGAGCGUUUUCCAGGACCACGUGGGCGAGCUGAGCGCGCUGCGGCAGCCGCUGGGGAAGGUGCUGAGCUUGGACGGGGAUCCGGAGCUUUUCCAGGCCUUCCUGGCGCGGGAUUUCCCCUUCGGCGCGGCCGAGGCGCGGGAGCUGCUGGGGGUGACGGUGAACCUGGACCAUUCCAUCCGGCACCAGAUGGGGCUGCUCCGGGCGCUGCAGAGGCUCGGGAGGACGGCGCCGGUGUCGCGCGGGGUGCAGUGCGCCGGCGGGCAGUGACCGACCCCGGAUCGUCCUCGGGAUCCUCGGGAUCGUCGGGAUCGUCCUCGGGAUCAUCGGGAUUGUCAUUGGGA